CUGGGAGGUUCUAGAGUACCCAUCUGUGUUUGGUUCAAAACAGAAUAAACACCACCUAACCUCCGAUUUUGGCCGAGCUAGACCCAGCCACAGCUCCGCCGUAGAUUUGUUUCAUUCCGCCGCUAAUCAAUGGCCGAUGACUUUGAAUUCGCCGAUAAAGUCCCUCCUUCAUUCGAUCGCGUGGGCAAUGUGAUUAAGGAUUCUGCUUCAAAAGGGUUCAACCCAGGAUUAAUUGUUCUCCUGGUUAUUGUUGGGUUGCUGUUGGUAUUCCUCGUUGGAAAUUAUGUACUCUACACAUAUGCACAGAAGACCCUCCCUCCUAGAAAAAAGAAGCCAAUCUCAAAGAAGAAGAUGAAAAAGGAUAGACUGAAGCAAGGCAUCUCUGCACCUGGAGAGUAGAAACUUUUUACUCUCUCUAUAUUAUGUGGUGUUAAAUUAUAAUGUUAGGAAAAUAUUUCUCAGUUCUUUGGUCUCUGGAGUUUUGUUAAAUUUAAUCUUUCUAUCUAAUAUGCUACUAAUUAAAAUCUUUGCCGCAUAAAUUAGUACUUUAGCAAUUACUUGGGACAAAGUAUUUCACGGUUAACUCACUUUGCAUGCCCACUGUCUAUUCUCCUUGGUUACUGUUAAUUCCAACGUGGUAAAUACUAAAUAGAAUUCAUGAAGUGGCAUACAUCCGAAUUGACGGAAGGGGUAUUAUUAUUGCUGUUAUUUGCUACGAAGGAGAUUCA